AUGGUUCGGAAGAACUACAACCCAGGACAAAAGAGAAAACCUCACGCGUUCACCCAUCCUCUCCGAACACCUAGCACAGCAGCUCCCGACCAACACAGAUCCAAACAAAACCGACCACCGAGGGCACAGUAUAUUUAUUUUCCCCCCCCCCUUCCUCUAGGCCUCCCUGUUGCCCCAGGCCACGGCAGCCUCGUGGGCAUUUAUAAUGGAGAGGAGUUUGUGUUUGAGGAGAGUAGCUGGUACGUAAUCAACGUUCUCAAACUUCUCUGGCGGUAUGGACUCAAUCCCCUGCGCAUGUACAUGUGGGUUGAGGACAUCUUGGACAAGUUUAUGCGAAUCUAUCGGUACCAGACGCACGACUACACCUUCAGCAGCAACGAGCGUUUACUUCACGCCCUCGGCGGGAAUGACUUCACCCAAAUGCUGAAUCAAACCAUUGAUGAAUCCAUGCAGAAAGCUGGCUUCUCCCAUAAGUUCAUAAAUGAGGUAGUUUGUCCAGCCAUGAGAGUCAAUUAUGGGCAAGGUGUCAACAUAAAUGGUUUUGUAGGUGCUGUUGCUCUGGCAGGGGUUGAAUCUGGCCUUUGGGCAGUAAAGGGAGGAAAUAAACUUGUCUGCACUGGCCUUAUCUAUGCUGCCAAAGCACAACUUAUCCCUGGCACAGUUUUGUCUAUAGAGCCAAAAACAAGACCAAACUCUGCAGGGGACACGGUUAAGCUCUACUAUGUCACCUACAACUCUACAUCGGGAUCAUCAGCAGACAUGUAUGACAUUGUUAUCAUCGCAGCUCCACUGAACCGCAAAAUGUCCAACAUCACCUUCAGGAAUUUUAACCCUCCUAUUCCAGAGUUCUCAAGUCCUUACCAUCAGACCGUAGCAACAUUUGUGCAUGGGCGCUUGAAUGCUUCCUUCUUUGGCUACCAGGACCCAUCUGCCUUUCACUUUGGUGCCAUCCUCACUACAGAGAAUCCCAAACUCCGGGGGUUUGUUUCGCCUGCUGAAGACACACCCAGUGAAGGAAAGCUACCCUUGCGAUCAGCUGUCUGGAAGGUGUUUUCAAGAGAACCGCUCACCAAAGAGCAGCUUAACUUGCUUUUCUCUUCCUAUGACUCUGUCAAAGUGAAGAAGUGGCUGGCAUACCCCCACUACAGCCCCCCUGAAAAAUGUCCACCUGUGAUCCUCCAUGACAGAAUAUACUACCUCAAUGGCAUUGAGUGGGCUGCAAGUGCCAUGGAGAUGAGUGCUAUAGCAGCCAAAAAUGCAGCGCUGCUUGCUUACCACCAGUGGUAUGGGAACACGGACAAGAUCGACCAGGAAGACUUGCAUGAGAAACUGAAAACGGAGCUUUGAGCUCCUGGCAGUCAAAUGCCACUGGCUCACUAGAGCAUCCAGGCUGCUCUGCUGUGCAACACUACAACAUCCAGAAAUAUAGAUCACAUACUGUAGCAAUCUAGCCACAACUAAAACUGGUAAGUGAGGAACUCUUCCAGGGAGGAAGAAACAUCCAACCAGCUGAAGACAGAUGGGCACCAGUGGCCUAGAUCAGCAGUGAAAAGGAAGAGGAACCUUUCCCAAGUGAGCUGGCCCUUCCUCAUGCAAAUUCUUCAUUCUCUCCCUAUAAGAUUAUAAAAAUGUUUUCAGCACCAUUAUUGAGCCUAAGUGCCCUUCACAAUAAGAAGACUGCCAAACUCA